AUGGCAGACUCCACGAAAACCAAAAUGCCUGUCGAACCGGUGCAGAUUGACAAAGAAAAGAUCAAGAAAGCAUUUGACGUGUCACACUUUGACUUCAAUGCAGUUUUGCGUGGCAUGCAAUUGACCCUUGUGGGAGCUCAUAGGGCCCUCCAGAACCCUGCUAUUUUCACAUCAGAGCACUACCGGCAAGCACUCUAUGCUGUCGGUGCCGGCAUUGCCAUCCGUCUGGCGAUAGCCAUUCCGAUUUUUGGUAUCAAAGUCCUUCUUUGGGUGCUUUCGUUCGUAUUCCGCAUGGACAGGGUAACCUGGGACGACAAGCUCGUUGAUGUCCUCAACUUUGUUGGCGAAUAUGUGCUUCAAGUACCGCUCUUUCUUAUGAGUAUGAUGCGGCUUAUUUUACCGACUCUUGAUAAUUUAUUCAUGGACUCUUUGAGAUGGGUCGACUUGACCUAUGCUCAGAAACACAAGAGCGAUAACCCGGAUGAGCUUCGGGACAUGUACUAUCCAAAUAUUAGGAUGUACAAACAGCGGGAUGGGAGUACCAACUCCACGAGCACCGCAGAAGCCUCUUCUAUGUUCAUCUGGCGGUUCGCGCGCAAGGCCUUUAUCUCGCUGGCCAUAUUUGCCCUUUCAUAUGUCCCAGUCAUUGGUCGUUUUGUCCUUCCAGCUGCCAGUUUCUACACCUUCAAAAAGGCCGUUGGCCUAGGGCCAGCAAGUGUGAUAUUUGGGACUGGAUUGUUGAUGCCCAGGAGAUAUCUCGUUAUUUUCCUGCAGACCUAUUUCUCAUCCCGAAAUCUGAUGCGCGAACUCCUUGAGCCAUACUUUUCGCGCAUUCAUAUGACCAAGGAACAGAAGAAACGCUGGUUUCGGUCUCGCGAGGGUAUUCUCUUUGGGUUCGGUAUUGGCUUCUACAUUUUGCUUCGUGUGCCUCUUCUAGGUGUCCUCAUCUAUGGCAUUGCAGAGGCAUCCACCGCAUACCUCAUCACAAAGAUUACAGACCCUCCUCCACCACCCUCAGACUUGGCGGCUUAUGUUGAGAGUCAACAAGUCUGGAAGAACAAGCACGAGUUCCUGAGUCUGUCUCUUGGGGAUCUGGAUGCUUUGCCAUUGCAGAAAACUGCGAGGACUUCUACAAAACCGCCACCUUAUUCUGAACAAGACCCAAGUACCGGAAACUCGACGGGUAGAGAGAGAGAGCUGCAUAUAAUGCCCGAGAUUCGCAAGGUUUGCAAGGUCAGCUUGGACAAGCCUGCUGCUGAACAGUGCACUUUGCAUAUGCAGAACAGAUGGCACCCAGAUAUUCCAUUUGCGGGUACCAUUAAAAAUGGCGAGACUGUCAAAAUUGAAUGCGUCGACUGGACUGGCGGUCAAAUCGGCAACAAUGACUCUGCAGACGAUAUUCGCAACGUCGACCUGACCAAGAUCCACUACCUCAGCGGCCCCUUUGAGGUAGAGACGGCCGAGCCGGGUGACAUCCUGCUGGUCGAGAUCAUGGACGUGCAGCCGUUUGAGGACCAGCCGUGGGGCUUCACGGGAGUCUUUGACAAGAGCAACGGGGGAGGCUUCCUCGACGAGAUAUACCCUUCCGCAGCCAAGGCGAUCUGGGACUUUGAGGGCAUCUAUUGCACGUCCCGACACAUCCCGCACGUCAAGUUUGCCGGCCUGAUCCACCCGGGAAUCCUCGGCUGCGCACCGUCUGCCGAGGUCCUGGCCGAGUGGAAUCGGCGCGAGGGGGACCUCAUCGCCGCCAACAAGCUCGAGCGCGACGUGGCCAAGCCGCCAGAGCCCGUCAACGUCCACGCCGGCGCUGCAGAUGCCGACCUCACGGCCAGGGUUGGCAGGGAGGGCGCCAGGACGAUUCCCGGUAGGCCAGAGCACGGAGGGAAUUGCGACAUCAAGAACCUGAGCAGGGGUAGCAAAGUAUACCUGCCUGUUCAUGUGUCCGGAGCCAAGUUCAGCGUUGGCGAUCUGCACUUUUCUCAGGGUGAUGGUGAGAUAUCCUUUUGUGGCGCCAUCGAGAUGGCCGGCGUCAUAACCAUCAACUUCAAGGUGAUCAAGAACGGGAUGGCGGACCUCGGCCUAAAGUCGCCCAUCUACAUCCCGGGCCCAGUGGAGCCUCACUUUGGGCCGGGCCGCCAUAUCUACUUCGAGGGCUUCAGUGUGGAUCAGCACGGCAAGCAGCACUACAUGGACGUUACGGUCGCUUACCGUCAGACAUGCCUUCGGGUGAUCGAAUACCUGCGCCGCUUCGGGUAUAGCGACUACCAGGUUUACCUACUCAUGUCAUGUGCUCCAAUCCAGGGGCACAUAGCAGGAAUCGUCGACAUUCCCAACGCGUGCACUACUUUGGGCCUCCCCAUGGACAUCUUCGACUUUGACAUCAGUCCCUCGGCAGUGCCGGCCAAGAAACUAGACAUGGGCACUUGUGCCUUCGAAACUGGUGUGAACGAAGGCAAAGUUACCAAGGGUGGCGAGAACAGCGAGCACUCUUUCGGCGGUGGUAUGACGUAUAAGUCCUAA